AUGGCGAGGAAGAUCAUCAUCGAUACAGAUCCGGGCAUUGACGAUAUCCUGGCCUUGCUGCUCGCCUUUUCGGCGCAGCCAGAGGAGGUCCAGGUGCUGCUGGUCUCGCUGACCUUUGGGAAUAUCGAGGUCAAGAGUUGCCUGCGCAAUGUCGUCUCCAUGUUCCAUAUCAUCGAGCGCGAGAUGAAGUGGCGCGCCGACCACGGCCUUCCCGAAGGGUUCGGCGCCCUGCGCGCCCAUCCGCCUGUUGUCGCCGUCGGGGCAGAAGAUCCGCUGGAGGACCAGAAGAUGCUGGCCGAUUAUUUCCAUGGGUUUGAUGGACUCGGGGGGAUCCAUUCUAGUCACCCCCAUCUCACCCCCAGCGAGACCUGGGACCACCUGUUCGAUCCCUCGGCCGACUCCAACGGCAUUCAGUCGGUGCCAACGGGCAAUCCGGCCGCCCACCAGUCGUUCGUCCCCUCGAAGCGACCCGCCCACGAGGAGAUCCUGCGCAUACUACGUGAGAACGAAGCCGGUGAGGUGACUCUCGUCGCGGUGGGACCGAUGACCAACCUCGCCCUCGCUGCGGCUGCGGAUCCAGAGACCUUCCUGCGUGCCAAGGAGGUGGUUGUCAUGGGCGGAGCUAUCCACGUCCCAGGAAACGUCACUCCUAUGGGCGAGUUCAACGCAUACGCCGACGCUGUGGCCGCCGCGCGUGUCAUGGCACUCACCUCCCCAAGCCCCGCGAGCACGGUGCCCCCCACCAGCGAUGCGACAAAGCUCCCGGCCUACCCGGCCUCUCUCAGCAAGGCGCUGACACUGCGCCUCUUCCCGCUGGAUCUCACGCUGCGGCAUAACCUGACGCGCGGAGAGUUCCGCGCCGCCAUCACUGCGAAGCUGGAAAAGGGCUCCCCGCUCGCCGAAUGGGUGUCUGCCUUCAUGGCGCACGCCUUCCAAACCAUCGAAUCCAUGCACCCGGGCCACGACGGCGACGCUGCAGAGCUCAGCCUGCACGACCCCCUGUGCGUGUGGUACGCCCUAACGGCCGACGACGCCGGAUGGGUCCCCUCCAAACAAUCCCCGGAGGACAUCCGCGUCGAGACAACCGGCCAGUGGACGCGCGGGAUGUGCGUUGUCGACCAGCGUAGCCGGCACCCCGUCGACGGCGAGGUCGAGUCGGCCAAUGACCACGGCUUGUGGCUGAGUUCCCGGGCAGGGAAUCGCGUCUGGCGGAUGGAUGGAUCGCCUGUUGAAGCUACUUUUGGACAUAUUCUUAUGCAGAGGAUUCUAGCAUAG